GAUACAUAAGCCACAUGACCAACUAGACUCAUACAAACGCACGGAGGGACGCACACUUGGACAGACAGACCUGCAGGCUGACUUCCAGCACAUUCACAGCUCCACUGAACUUGGCUCAGGCUGCCGUUUUUUUACUGACAGAAGAAAAGAAGAAACACACACACACCUCUGUGGGAGAGCUCAGAUAAAGACGUGCCUUCGGUCUUGGAGUGGCGCUGUCACACACACUGAUAUACAAAUACGCAUUUAGACAAACACACAGCCACAGCCAGGGAGCCACCACACACAUAUUCCCACUAACUGACACACUCACUUCUCACACACAGGAGAGCAAACAGUCUCUCUCUCUCUCUCUCUCUCUUUCUUGCUCGCUCAGCUGCUCUCUCUCCCUCUCCCUCCCAUCCACACACACACACACACACGCACACACACACACAUACACACACACACACACACACACACCACUACAGUAUAUCAGCGAGUGACUAGCGGAGAGCCAGAGGGGAGUGCAGAAAUGAAUGUGAAGAUCCUGACGCUGGUGAUUGUGCUCUUGGUGUCUCUGCUGUGUUCUGCCAGUGCUGGUCCCAUGGCCUCCACAGAACAUGGCAGAGGGCUGCAACAGGCGGCCACAGUCAGAAAAAUUGUCCAGCAAAACCCUGGGAGGGGUAGCCACAGACCAGCCGGCUGGAAGAGGAGACGCCCACGACCACGUCUUUCCCACAAGGGGCCCAUGCCGUUCUAGAGCAAGGCACUGCUUUGAGCGCCCUCCCCCAGGUUCUGAUUUCUAUGCUCUUCCUUUGCCUUGGGGGGCCUUGCAAUGAAGGGCCUACGCUUGCCCAGCCUGAAGAGUGAUGUCCAUAGCACCUGCUGGUUCUUCAAGCAACUCUUGUCCACAAAAAAAUCAGGACAAGCCGCUCACCCUCAGCUCUAGGAGGAUUUGGGGGGCAGGGAAAGGGGGUUGGGGGGGGGGUAUGGAGCCCGAGCUAUCAGACUCUAUUUCUCUGUCUCUCUCUUUCUCUUACUCUCACUCCCUCGCUACUUAUCUAUCUCUGUCUUCUCCCAAGUGUUUUUUUUUUUUUUUUUCACAUUUUCUAUCAUUUGCUUAAUAGAUCUCAAUCAUAGAGUGUCUCACACACUUUGCAUGACAUGUGGUGGAGAGGGAGCCCGGUCAAAACAAUCUGAGUCUUAAAGCAUCUGUCAUUUCUCCACGGUGUGUUAUUCCCAUCCCUCAGAUCCAAGGUUACUUCAGCCGCAGAUUUCAUUGCUGUGUAGCUACUUAACAGCUUUACUAGUGGCAGAGGGCGCUGGUUAUGUGGAAGGGCAGGGUCCGUUUAAUAGUUGACGAUAGUAGGUUCACUUAUUGUUCUCUGGAUGUCUGCUGCAAGAAGGAAUUCAAAGUUGAAAUUGGAGGACAUUUGAUGACACUAUAUUAAUCACUUAAAGAUCAUUUUUAAUAGUGCUUUGUACCUCCUAACACAUUCUACAUGCAGAUUGGACUAAAAGAGAGCACCUAUUGUCAUACAAUCCAUUAAAGUGACUAAAUAAUUAUUUCAUUUAGGAGAUUCUUAAUCCAAAGCUAUUUUGGUGUUUCUCAUUAACACCUUGGGGGGUUUACUGACACGCUCAAGGUUACUGUAACAUAGCCCACCUUGGAUGAGUCUUUUGACCCCAUAUCCCAAUCCUGUGCCCAACCCCCAGCCUUCUCCCCACACUGCUGCCCUGCGCGGCUGCUCUUCACGACUGUUAACUGGCAGGGGAAGUCUGCUCCACCGACGGGCUGCCUUGCCUUUUAAUGAAGUGCCAAAUAAUAACCUUCUCCACAAUGCUGCCAGAAACGAAGGAAUAAAAGGUUAGGGAGAAACACAUUACCUCUUGUUUAAAGUCUCAAUACACUGACACAUUAUGCAUUUUACAUUUCUGCAAACAGAAAUCCCACGUGAGACAAUGUUAGCAAGGAGGACAGUUAAUUAGACCCAAAAAAAGGAAGGAGAAGAAACAGCUAAUAUCAGCUCAGUUAAUAUUCCACCACGAUCAGCCUACCAUUAGUGCUCUGGCUGUUUUAAUAUUCAGCAUAAGGCUGGUUUGACCCUUUGACCGAAAUCUUUCACCAACGAAAUGCUAUGCCUUUCCAUCAUACUGGAAUAUAUUACUGUUUAGGUUUAUUCCUGUGUUUAAGUAGUUGUAUUUCUUUUUUCUCAGGGUGCUGUGAUAGAAGCUUGUACUAGAGCAGUCUAUUUUGUGCAUUUAUUUAACAAAACACAAACAUACAGUACAUUAAAAGCAUAUAUGAGCAUAUUUUCGUAUAUUUCCUUACUCUCCCUCUAUGUAUUCAACAAUAUAGCCAUGUAUCCAGAUUCAGUCGUUUCUAGUCAUCAUCCUUUCCCUACAUUAUGUUGGGUACAGUUGCCUUUCUAGUCUGCCCUACCACAGCACAGGUGGUCGUGGCUUUGAUCAUUACGCUCAUUAAAUCCUGGAGUUAAUCUUUCUCAGAUGGAUCUCCCCAAGGCUGGCCGGGGCCACUUAGUCUGAGCUCAUUGUUAAAUUGGCUUAGACUGAAACCACACCCUUCCCCCUUGUCCAAUCCUCAAACCCCGCUGAUUCAGUGUGUUAACAUUGUAACAUAUUAGGACUGUAACCUGUAGAGCAGCCACCAUCGUUCUUUGUGUGUUAGGUGUGCCGGAGCAACUUCAGAGUUGUUGUUUUUAACUAAGAUAUUAGUUGAAAUUCUGUCCACUGCGAUCCAAUCAGUACACACUCCUGUUUCAAGCAACUGGCAGGUUAACCUAGAUAUUUCAAACACCUUUCCCUCUCGCCAUGUCUCAUGCAAAUAUUAUAAUAAAUAGUGGAGUCUUCUCAGCCCCAGAAUGAGAAGCUUUUAUUAAGAGAGCAUCUUAAAUCACAGUGGUAAUCCACCCAGCCAAGAUCACCUUGAUUAAAAAUGUAUUAAAUCCUUGGGCACUGUGAGGAGUAAUAAUUUCAGUUUCACCAUUAUUUUUUCAUACCCUCUCAGACAGAGAUGUAGAUUUCAUUAAUGCUCCACGGGAGAGAGACAGCUUGGCUCAGGAUGUCUCAUGUAUUAUUGGAGAAGAUAGUAGGAAGAUAUGAGCUGGGGAUAAAAGUUCUAAGCCGCUGGAGUUUGGAUGCUGGAAGUAGACUGGGUCAUGUUAAGGGGUUCAAAUCAAUAUUUCCCCAUCUCAGAAGUUAUUGUUACGGAGCCGAGCAACGUCUGUAACCGCACUGUUCUUCAUGAAUGUAUCCUCACCAUCUGCACCAGCCAUGCUGCCCUUUCAGAGACCAGAGCAAACCUAUGUUUAUGUAAAAUACUCUUUUUAAUCUUGGUCUGGUUAUUAGUUAAUUCCAAAAAUAAUUCAAAAGCCAAAUAUCCCACUGAUCCAAAGCCUCCGGUGUCAACUAGUCCCAACUAAUAGACGUGGCUUUGCUCCAAGACUUCUCUGUUUGGGUUUGCAAGGCUGCACUUUUGCAAUUCCAUUAUGCUGCUGGAGAAAUACACCCUGAAAACAAGAGUCUCUUGGUAUGGAAUGGUUUUCCAGUGUAUUGUGACAAUUUUUUUUGUCUGAUUCUUGUCUAGCUGGUUGUCCAAAGCUUACUUUUUUAAAUACAGUGUGAAAAGCUGUAUGUUUUGUGGAUGUAACAAAAUAGAAAAGUAGUCUGCAGCACAAUGUCGUGGACACGUGAAAGCUUUCAGGCAUUCUUUUUUUCUAGAUCAUAGCCCACAGCCCUCCCCUGCACAUCAGGUUAAUGGGCCUUGUGGUGUGGAAGGACAAGCACGUCCAGGCUCAAACUGAAAUGGUAAACCAAUACAUUAUGCUCGGGGAGCAAAACCAUUUUCCUUAAUGGUCUUUUCCAGCAAGGCUUACACAAGAGAAACGAUUCCUAUCCUCUCAAUGUUUCCUCUCUAGUUCCUCUUCUCUGUGACCAUCACAAGGCCUGAGUAAUGUUCCUAUGCACUUGUUAGCAUGUUUUCCUGGUAGAAAAAUGUUUGUUCUGAAAACUUGCCCCUUUGUGUUUAGUUAUUUUUGUCCAAAUGCAUUUGG